AAAACAAAAGCCAGAACACUUGCAACGUGGACAGAGAGGACAACACUCGGCCAAGUGAGGACAGCCACCGAACACCACCAAGAAAACAGUGUGCUGUAGCUAGCUAGCUAGAGCUAUAGUUGCCAGUCAAGAUGGACGUGUCCAGUGACAGCAACAAGAAACGCAAGGGUCCAGAAGGGACAGCAGUCAGUGCAGAUCUGAUGGAUCCAGUGAUUCUUUUGCAGAAGCUGCUGCAACAGGCCCAGGAACCUGACCCGGAGCCCCAAACAAGCCUCACGUGUCGCCGCAAGCAGAUUGUCGACAUCAAUGAUGGAUUGAAAGGAUUCCUCCAGCUGAAGAAAUCUCUGGAUGACUGUGUGGAGAAAAUAGUCAAAGAAAAACGGCAAAAGGAUGAGACUGUCCUGAGAGCUCUCCUUGAUAGCUUUUCGCCCCUGUUGUCACUCGGUGCAUCCACAGUUUCCAAGAUUUUGGACUUUCUGGAUGAGGAGACUAUGUUAGCAGUUGAGAAUGCAUCCAUUACAAUGGCACAAAUUAUCAAUGAUUGUGACCAUUGGCCAAGGCUUUACCAAACUCUGAUGAAAACCAGGCCCAUCAAGGACAUUUUGCCAGAGCGGAUCCUUGACUUCUACAGGUACACGUAUGAUUGCUCUCGAUAUUUCAAUUGCCUCAAUUGCCUUCAUGAUGAAAAGAUUCAGAAGGAAGCCGAAUUCCUUCGCUGCAUUGGAGAUCAUGCUAUUGCAGCCAGAAAGCUGGAAUUGAAGGGUGAAGAACACUACAAAUAUGACAACAGAGGGUCUCAAGAGGGAGACAAGCAACGGAAAAUACAAACCGUAGCAAAUCCUUGGUUUUGCUUUGUGAAAGGAUCAAAAAUAGAGCCAGACUGUUUUGUCCGCAUAUCUCGCGUCCAAAGUCCCAGGAACGAUCCAUUGCUCAUCGUACAAGGUUUCGGUGAGUAUUUUUUCCCAGAAAAGUGGUCGAUCGGAUCAGUAGGGAGAAGGGAGAAGGAAGCCUCUUUGAUGAACGAUGCAGAUGGGGAUCUCGGCUUGGACCUGUCGCGCUGGAUUCCAUGUCUGGUGGGAGGUGGAAAGGAAAACUAUGAAGGACUUUGGCCUGAACUAAAACAGUUUUGGACAUGGAAUAUGCAAGCAACCCAGUCUGAGCGAAAAAGGCAAGCUUCUACCAAGGCCAAGGAGGUCUUUCAGAAUGUACGGGUUUCAAUCACCAUGGAAAACAAGCCAGCUCUCACAACGGGAUCCUUUGUGAAGAUUGAUUCUGACGGAAAUGGCUGUAGAAUCACCCUUGAGCAUAGGGGUGGCAAGGCUUAUCGGGGUGGCAAGGCUUAUACCGUACAAACAUCAUUUAGCUUGACGAACAAACAAGGUAGACACAAGGCACAGCUCUUGCUUUCAAUGCGCGUGUUCAUCGACUAGAUGUACAAUCAAGUCCACUUUGAGUCCAUGGUUAGGAGAAAUGCCGCCACGACCAUAUGGCUUGACACUUGAUGGGAUAAGUGACAGCUUUCAGUUGGAGUUUGAAACGCAACCAUACUAUUUGUUGGUGAUGUGUACUCUGCUUCUAAAUUUAUAGAAUUUGCAUUGAUAUUUGC